ACUAGCCUGCAUCAGUGUCCCGCUCAUUGAUGCCUCAGCUGGUCUCCUCUGGCCACAAAAUGUUAAUGCUACACUUAGUCCUGAUUUGAAUCGUUUCCUUAUUGAUUUGUUUGUUUUUAUGUUUUUUGUUACAUGGCAGUCGUCGGAAGCUCAGACUGGAAGAACAUUAGGCUCCUUGACAGAACACAACAAGCACACAGCGGUCUCACUUUGCAUGUUGCUUUUGAUAAGCAUCUGCUAAAUAAAUUAACGUAAAUAUAAUAGUUUUUUUUCACCAUCGUUAUUCACAGCACACUGAUACGAUCAAAAUUGUUCCUCAUAUGUCUGCCUCCAGGAUGGGAGUUUGGGCGUUCCUUAAUAACUUUUUCCUGAGUAUGGAAUCCUAAGUGGCUCUGGAAAUGAAAGUAAAAGGCAGUAUUUCUAGUUUUCCAAAGAUGAAAGCUUUAAGCUGGGACCGUUUUCUCCUGAUUUUGCUCAUUGUGGGACAGCAGCUGUGUGACUCUGGAUCCAGUGCUGAUGGCUGUCUUGAGCUCCAUCCUCCCAGAGUGGUGGUGAGACAUGGAGACCCAGUAUCAGUGAACUGCACAGUGUCCAGAGAUCACAGGGGGAUGGGCUGGGCAGCUUCAGUAGAUGACGUACCUAUUACACCUGGUGUCCAGUUUCUCACUUGGAGGGUAGAAAGUCUGACAAUCUGGGACUUAGGACCUCUGUGCUAUGCAAACCGUCCAGGAAAAUCUCAAUGUAAAGAACGUCUCUCAGUCACUGUGUACAAACCCCCAGACAGUGUUUCUGUCAGUUCUAUGAACUCUACUGACCCCAUGGUGGAGGGGAGUCAGUACCAGCUGAAGUGUGAGAUCCAGAACAUCGCUCCUGUUCAGAACCUCACUGUGAAGUGGUACAAAGGGGACACAUUAGUACAUGAAGACAGAGACUGUGUCAUAGAAGAUGGAAAGUCUGACAGAGAAAAGGAACCUGUGAGUGUGUCCUCCACCCUCCUGAUCACCCCCAGCAGAGCUGAUGAUGGAGCAGAGUACAGCUGUGGGGCAGAACUGGACCUGGGACCAGAAGGACCACAACCCCCCCUUGAAGAGAAAUCAAAGCCCCUCAGGAUCACCGUGUCAUGCACUCAAAAAACUGAAAUCUCACUCUUGUUGGUUUUAGUUAUUUCUCUUUUAGCGAUGUUACUCAACACAUACGUGUAAACAAGAUAAGUAAACUGGGUAUUUUCAAUAAAAUAAAGUGGCCUAUCGGGUUGGGUAAAAUGCUGUA